AGGAGCGCCAGGCUGAGGCAGUCGAAAUUUGAAAGCUAUAACGGCUAUUUCCCAAAGAAACUAACCAAAUCAAGCGGAGUGUCUCUCUCUUGCGAUCGAAAAUUUCAUCAGACUCAAAGCUAUCUUCUCUUGCCCCUUUUUCAUGGCUACACCAACAACCCCGCGGGCCAAGUUGAUGAACCAGGGACGGAAGGUUCGAGUUGUGGCCAAGAUAAGAAGUUUUUCGGAUCUGGAGGUUGGGUCUACUUCAGAGGCAGCAGCGACGCCUUGGAUUUUGGUUCAUAAGGCCAAGGGAGACGCUUCUGAGAGCGUGACAAUCUCUUUGGCGGACAAAUCGGCAAGGAGAAGGCAUAGGAGUAACAACAAUUAUCGUAAAGAGUCCUGGGAAUUGGAUUACUGCUAUGAGGAAAAUGAAGACAACGAAUUUUUUUUUAAAAGAGAAAUAGAGCCCCUGAUUUCUGGAGUUUUUUAUGGGCAUCAUGCUACUGUCAUUGCUUAUGGAGCAAGGGGUAGCGGAAAGACAUAUGUCAUUCAGGGAUCCGAAGAGAAACCAGGUUUAGCGGUGCUAGCGAUUGCUGAACUUUUGUCCAAGGCCAACGAAAAUGGAAAAUCAGUCACCAUAUCUUUCUAUGAGAUUUUGCAUGACCGAGUAUAUGACCUUCUAGAUCCAAAACAGCUGGAAGUUCCAAUAUUGCUGGAUGCUCAAGGGAAAAUUAAAGGACUGUCUCAGGUUCCGGUGAAAUCCACUGCAGAAUUUAAAAAAUUAAUUCUGGGUAGGCCUAGUUAUAGUCAACCUCUGCAGAAAAUAGGAGCAGAAUUUCCUCAUCGGCGUCACAAGGGCUUAACUGUACAUGUAUCACCCAAUGGUGCAAAGUCAGAUACUGAUUGUGUGGGCAAGAUGAAUUUUGUUGAUAUGGCAGGUUAUGAAGAUAGAAGAAAGAGUACCGAUGGCUUCAAUUUGGUUGAGAAUAAUAAGAUCAAUAAGGCCCUAUAUGCAUUACAAAGUGUUGUUUAUUCUUUGAAUCACAAUGAAAGCCAUGUGCCGUACAGAGAUAGUAAACUAACUCACUUGUUACGUGAUUCUUUGGGUGGCAGUGGAAGACUUCUGAUGAUCAAUUGUCUGAACCCAUCUUUCUGCCAAGAUUCAAUUUACAUGUUAAGCUUAGCAUCUCGGGCCUGUCAAGGUGUUAGUAGAGCUGUCCCAGAGUCCAUAAAGAAAACCAAUCAUUCGGCAAGACCAACUAUUCUUUCUUCACAGAAGAGCCAGUUACGUCGGAAUGUUUCUGGUAAUACGACAAAAACUGGCUCCCGAGUUCGCCUUUAUGAGAAGAAAUCCAACAGUAUGGUUUCUACCAUUAAAGCAAGGAAAUUAUUUGAUGAGGCAAGUCAUUUGGCCAAACCUGAAAAGAUGUCUGAAAAGGCAAGUUCCUCCUUGGAUAACGUUUCAACUACUGAAGCUUUGAUAGAGGAAGAGGAAAAGUUGCCGGAUGAUGCUCAGAAGGAUGCAGAAUCUGCUUCUACAUGGGAAAAGGAAGCUUUCCCUUUGUUAGCUUCUGAUACACAGAAAAGUAGCACACCGCAUAAGGAUUCCUCUGUCCAUGGUGGAAAGGAUUAUGAAGAAGUUACCCCUAUAAUCAUGCAUGGCACAACUGCAUUUGGUUUUGUUGGAGAAGGUCACAACUUAGAUAAGGAAAACCACAGUUCACUCAUCAAUGAAGAUGGAUCCCCACCAAUUAGUUCACAAUUACAAGAAUUAUCAAAUAAACUCAAACAGCUUUAUUAUUCAUCAACUCCAUUAUGCAUAGAGAUGCCUGCAAAGAAUGAUGCCCCAACCCCUCUUGACAUCGUGGAACCACAAACUCCUGAGCGAAGUGUGAAAGUUGAUGGGAAAUGUGAGGUAGCUAGUCCUUGGGAAAGAUUCAGCGCAUGUAGUGCUGGAAUGAAGAAGUCCCUCGUCCAAGGAUAUGUUAACUUUCUAAAUUCAGCUAGCAAGGAAGAGUUGAAAAAAUUGAAGGGAAUUGGUGAGAAGAGAGCUACCUAUAUCCUUCAACUCCGUGAAAAGUCACCAGAGCCUUUUAAGAGUGUUGAUGAUUUGAAGGAUAUUGGACUUUCAGCCAAACAGGUCAAAGAGAUGAUGAAAAAGGAAGUCGGUGAUCUUUUCAAUUAGUCAUUGAAAUGUGAUAAAUCUUAUCGAGAGAUAUGAAUUGGUAAUGGCAACACAAAGUUGCCUUAAAACUUCACUUACAUUUGCUUGAUAUGAUCUUUGGCUAUCAGCAUCUUCAUUGUGCAGUAAGCCUGUA